UCGCAGCCUCCCCCCUCUCUCUCUCUCUCUCUCUCUCUCUGCAAAUCUUUUCUCGAUCUUCUUCGUCCCUUCUCUCUCUCUCUAGAAAACCACCGUCUCCUCCGCCGGACGCUCGCUAGGGUUCCGGCUCUCGCGGCCCCCGGGUGAAGGCGUCCGGCGCGAAAUAGCCCGCUGCCGCCGCGGUGUCUUGCCGGCCAAGGCUAAGAAUCAAAUCAACAAAUGGAAUCUUCUGACGAAGAGGGCGAAAUAGUACCUGACGUUCCAGCCAAAAGAAAAUCCAACUUCAUAGUAGCGGAUAAUGAGAAUGGUGGUACCAGGGAUUCUCAAGAGGAAAAUGAGGAAGAAAUUUUUGAUACGAUGUGUGCGAUUUGUGAUGAUGGGGGAGAAGUACUUAAUUGUGAAGGCAGAUGCAUGAGAUCCUUUCAUGCGGCUAUAGGUACUGGGAUCAACUCCUUGUGUAAAACUCUUGGCUUCAUCGAUGAUGCUCAAGUUGAAGCUAUUCCCAGAUUCUUUUGUGACAAUUGUAAGUAUAAAAUGCACCAAUGCUUUGCUUGUGGAGAGCUGGGUUCUUCUGACAGAGCUUUGGGUGCAGAGGUUUUUCCUUGUAUUUCUGCAACUUGUGGCCAUUUCUAUCACCCAAAAUGUGUGGCACAACUGAUCCAUCGCAAUGAUGAAAGUCAGGCUCAAAAGCUUCAAGUAAAAAUUGCUGCAGGCGAAUCAUUUACUUGUCCAGUUCAUAAAUGUCUUAUUUGUCGGCAAGGUGAAGAUAAAGAGGUUCAUGAAUUGCAGUUUGCAGUCUGUAGACGCUGCCCUAAGGCCUACCACAGAAAGUGCUUACCUCCGUCUAUAUCUUUCACGAGCAAUGAAAGUCGAAAUAUUCUCCAAAGGGCUUGGGAAGGUUAUUUGCCAAAGCGAAUCCUUAUAUACUGCAUGGAUCAUACCAUAGAUAGAAGGCUUAGUACGCCAGCUAGAAAUCACUUAAAAUUUCCUAAUGGUGGACUGAAGAUGAAGGGGCUGCUUACAAACAAAGUGAGUGUUGAUGAUUUGAAGAGAGGCACUACUUCUGAAAAUCAAGCAAAGGAUAAAGCUGCUGUGAAGAUGCCAAAAUCAGUUCAUGACAUUAUUAAAAAAGGUAAAAUUGGUGUUGUCAGACGAAGCUCAAAAAUUGGAGCUAUAACAAAAGCAAACAGCAUUGAUGCUGUAAAGAAGUCAUUGACGAUCAGCAAGUCCUUAAGUGAGAAAGGUCGAAAGUUCAUAGUGAAAAGGAGCUCACAGGAAGACAAUGUCUCAUCUUCUAAGUCAGGGCCAUAUUUGGCGAAGAAAAGGCAGAAGAUUAUGGCUAGCUCAAUCUCAGAUAAGACUGGGAUGGCAAAAGAGAGAAAUUCAGCAAUCAGUUCAAUGGAAGAUCGAAUAUUGACUUUUGUUGAACAAGCCUCUUCCGAAUUUAAUGCCAAAAGAUUAGUGAGAAAGCAGAGCAUAUCAUCCUUAUAUGCUCCUGGUUCAAAGUUCACUUUGGACAAGACCAUAACAAUGAGCAAGGUCGAGGGCUUUCUGAAGGCCACUCGAACAGCAUUGCAGAAGCUAGAUGAAGGAUAUGCAAUUGAGGAAGCUAAAGAAAUAUGUGAACCAGGGAUCCUCAGACAGAUACUCAUAUGGAAGAAGAAGCUGAGAGUGUAUCUUGGACCAUUUAUUCAUGGUCCACGCUAUACAUCAUUUGGACGCCAUUUUACUAAAGUGGAGAAGCUUCAGGAGAUUGUGAAUAGGCUCCAUUGGUACGUGCAAAAUGGGGACACUAUAGUGGAUUUCUGUUGCGGUUCUAAUGAGUUUAGUCUUCUAAUGAAAGAAAAGCUCGACAAAAUAGGGAAGCGCUGCUUUUUCAAAAACUAUGAUAUUUUCCCACCCAAGAUUCCUUUUCAGUUUGAGAAGAGAGAUUGGAUGUCUGUCGAUGUAGCGGAAUUACCAGAUGGAUCUGAAUUGAUUAUGGGCCUUAAUCCUCCUUUUGGUGUUAAUGCAUCUCUGGCGAAUCAGUUCAUCAACAAAGCUCUCUCAUUCAAGCCUAAGCUCCUCAUUCUUACAGUCCCACGAGAAACCAAACGACUGGACAUUGGAGCUGAUCCAUAUGAUUUGCUUUGGGAGGACUGUGAGCUUCUAUCAGGAAAGUCGUUUUACCUUCCCGGAUCCAUUGAUGUGCACAACAAACGGCUGGAGGAUUGGAAUCUAACAUCCCCACCUCUGUAUCUUUGGAGUCGUCGUGAUUGGACUUCCAAGCACAAGACAAUAGGUGUAGAGCGUGGCCACAUUUCCAAACAAGAAUAUAUCAGACAUGAAGAAACAAAUGCUGGAGCAGCCAUCUCGAACUAUCUGAUGGAAGAAAAUUAUGAUUGCUAUCAGGAUUACUCCUCUGCAGUGGAUGCCAAUAACGAUUUGUCCAGCAUAUUUGAAGAUUUUCCAGAUGAAGAUGCUGAUGAUGGAGUCGGCCCGCUCAUUGAAAUUUCCAAGAGUUUUCUGGAACGAGAACCGCGUGUAGCUUUUGAAAAUCUGACAGUGAAACCGCAAGAAGGAUUUUGGAAACUCCAACAGAACCAUCAUGGAAAUGUUCCAUUGCAGUCCGAGCAUCACAGAGGUUUUGAGGUUCCAGGAAUGCGACCGCAAGGCAGCCUCUGGAACCGUCAACCAAAUUCUCAUGGUUUUGAAGUUCCAGGAAUGCGACCCCAAGGCAGCCUGUGGAACCUCCAACCAAAUUCUCAUGGUUCUGCGGAGUAUGCGACGGCGCGUCCUCUGCAUCUGGGAGGUAUUACUCUACCUAACCAGCAAUCCGCCUCGCAGCCGUACGGUUUCAGGCCGCCUUCCUCCUGUGAAUAUCCGCCUGGGUUUCCCUUUCCCUUUUGAUAAAAAACUUAAAAUAGCAUGCAUUCUGUGGACUCUCAUGGGCAGCACAACUCUUUUUCUCUAUCUUUUUGUCCUCUUCUUCUUAUGGUGACUCGUACAUCAUCGUCUGCUAUCCCUAAAGACCAUUUGGCUAACUAAAAUCUGACUUAGUGAACAUAACUUUAUUUUAUGUGUUCAACGAGUGAAUUGCGCCCUGUGGAUAUUUCAGAUUGCCAGGAGGAGCAGCUCUUUUUUUAUCU